AGAAGCUGCAAAAAAGAAACAAAGAAGAAAAAUGGCUAAGGAUGAACAUUAACACUGACAGAGUCAGUGUUCAUGAGUUCAUUGCCGCGUAUUUUCUUCUGUGUUCAGAAUCUAUUUUAGCUAUAACAUUGUAAAAGAGUUAUAUUUUGUCUUGGCUCCUCAAGAUUAUAUUAGCUUGCUCGCCGUGAACAAAGGGAUCGAGUGUGAGUGUAAAGUGUGAGAUUGUUUUGUGAAAAUGUGUAAAGUGCAAAUGCUGAGAGCGUUGCUGAAUCAGCGACUAAGUGCAGCCGUGGACGAAAUAUUUGUGGUGUUCCAAAGAACCAUAGCAGAGUACGAGGAGGAACUUUCUCGUACAAAAGCGGAGAAUGAGCGACAGCGUCAAAUUUUGGACGCAGUUUUCAAACCUCAAUUUGGACCAAACAGAACAGAUGCUGAAACAAUGGAUGACGGUGGUGGGUUUAGGCCCACAAAAAGUUCCAGUGAAGAUGAUCUUCUCCUUGAACAGCAGGAAUGGAGCACUGGGAUAGAGCAGGAGAACAUAGAGGCCGCUUGUGUCAAAGAGGAAGAAGAGGAGGCUGACAUCGGCAAGUUCCCAUUAACUGUUGUCCACGUGAAGAGUGAAGAUGAUGAAAUCGAGCUUCACUCCUCGCAACUUCAACACAGUCGAAGUGAAAAAAGACGAUCCCGAGCAGAAUGUCUCCUCGCGUCACGAUCAGACAGUGAUGAUGCGUUGUCACACUAUCCUGACACUGAGGAGCCAAAGGGUGAAGUCAGGUGUCAGACGAACAGUGGACACCUCAAAUGCACUGAUUGUGACAAAACCUUUAGUGACAACUCAACGUUGAAAAGACACAGGAGAUGUCACACCGGAGAAAAACCUUUUGCCUGCUCGCUUUGUGACAAAAAAUUCUCUCAGAGGGCAAGUUUGGUGGCGCACACAAGAACGCACACAGGAGAAAGACCUUACACAUGCUCCCUCUGCACUAAAAGUUUCCGUGAUAAUUCGGCAUUAGCUACACACAUGAGAACGCACACAGGCGAGAAACCUUUUACUUGCCUGUUUUGUGAUAAAAGAUUUGCUCAUAAAGGUCAUUUGAUAUCACACACAAGAACACAUACAGGGGAAAAGCCUUUCACCUGCUCGGUCUGCAACACAAGUUUUCGAGUACACUCAGUCAUGAUGAUACACAUGCGAACGCACACAGGAGAAAAACCCUUUGCCUGCUCAGUUUGUGGCAAAAGAUUCACACAGAAAGGAAGCUUGAUCAUACACACAAGAACGCACACUGGCGAGAGACCGUACACAUGCUCAGUCUGCAGCAAAAAUUUUCGGGUUCGUUCAGCUUUGGCAACACACAUGAAGACACACACUGGGGAGAAAGUUUUCGGGUGCAGUGUGUGCAAUAAAAGAUUUACUCAUAAGUUUCAGGUUGACAGACACAAAUGUACUGGGGAGAACAGCAGCAGUCAAUGAAGGGCUCGAAAUAAACCAAAGACUUGAAGCCUCUUUCAAGUGGCAAUCAGCAUUGACACUUUUCAUGCAGAAAACGGCAAAACAAAACAUAGUCAUAAAGAUGAAGCACUGCUGCGAAUUGCGAAAAAACAAGAGUAAUUGACACAUUUGGCAAAACGUAUUCUUGGUUGAAACUGUAUACAUACUUCAAACUAGGACCCCAGAACACUAUGACCACAUUAAACUCAUAUUACCCUUUAAAGGAAAUAGAUUACAAAUUAUUUGAUUUUAAAAAGAUGCACCUGUAUGUGCAGGUGGUGGGUUGAAGACUGAUAACUUCUUUUGCUACCAAGCCAGAUAAAAUGUAACUCCUCCCCAACCUACAGAGCUUGUCUUUGAAUCAAGAUGUAUCACUUGAAUUUACUUCCUUGACACCAACAUACCACUUUCCUGUUUAGGCUUUAGUGUCAUUUUGUAGCAUUUUGAGACCUCUAAGAAAAUUGGCUGUAGUUUAGUGUUUUUGAGCAAAUGGCUGGGCAUUGGUUCCACAGAAUGCGAGUAGGUGAAUAUGUGAAUAAAGUCAACUGUAAAUAUGGAGAAAUUGCACUAUUUGCAAAAAAUGUGUGAUUUCGCGUGGGAUCUCGAUAUAUAUAUAUAUAAAAUUUUUGUUUGUGGUCACUGGUUGGUUCUUGCGUGUAACUUCUUUUGCAGCGCUUAUUUCAAAUGGUACUCUUCUGUUUGAAUAGCAGAUGUCACAUACAUGACUCACAAAAAGGGAUAUUUCAACAAUGAUCUGAAAUUUGAGGAUGAACUUAAAAAUCACUCUACUUGUACUUUACAGGUGAAACUAAUUUGACUUUCAACUUUUAAUGCACAUGGGCAACUGCUCUCUAUCUCAGUACUUUUUGCUCAAAUUGUCUAGCAAGGAGUUGAACGGCAAUAUUCACAACAGAUUCCACUGUCUUUGGAUCUUUAUUGCAACCUGCUGAUGACACCUUAACACUUUCAGUUCAGUGAACUUUUGAUUCUAUUUGAAGUAGUGCAAUGGAGAGGUAGUGUUUAUUAAUUGAACAGUUGUACAUGUGUGAAACUUUCAAGAAGGUCAAAUAAAGUUCACCUGCAAAGGUUAUUGUGUAUUUUCGGUUCAUCCUGCAAUUUCACAUGAAAGCUGAAUAUCCCAAACAUUUUGUGAGUAGUGUAUGUGUAUCAAAUUAAAUUCUCAAGAGACCUUCAAGUUUCAAGGAAGGUAGUGAGACAAAAACACGCGUGUGCGUGUAACACGUUAUCCGACAUGAUCCUGUUAACUUGCAUUAUAAUUCAACAUUAGAAGUGUGUUUAGCGUUUGAAAAGGAAAAUAGGCCAAUUCAGCCUAAUUAUUUUAUUAAAUCUCCCUUGAGAUAAUAAUGAUGCUAAUUUUAGUCCAGUAAUAAUACUAGUGGACAGUAGAAACAGUAUUCUAAGAGUUUGAUUUCAAUUUAAAAUAACCACUGAAAAUCUGUAUGUAGUUACUGGAGGAAAAUGUAAAUAAAUGCAGAUUGACUUCCA